ACCGUCUUCAUUGUCUGCGACGGUCAUCGUCCAAAAACGCAGGCUUGGGCCUGCAUAGGCCAUUUCUAUCACUGCCAUAUACAUCAAGAUUAUUUUGCUAGGGUAUCUAUGUUUUGUCUUGGCCGAACAGAACUUCGAGCCGGUUCUCUACCUCUAGCUCGAAGAUUCCUUCACGCGUCCAAUGUUCUCCGCUUACCGCCAGGGAGCAAUAAACCACCCACCCGCAGAAAACCAGACAAGAUCAACUACAAUACUCAACCGUUCAAUGACGUUCCUGACAGCGAACACAUCAACUACCGUCGAGUAACUGCCAAUGACUUGGAAUCUCUCACUGAACCACCUACAGAGGUCAAAAUGCUCGUACGCGACUUCAUAGAAGAUUCAUUGUAUAACCCAAACUACGGUUACUUCCCAAAACAAGUCACUAUAUUCACGGCAAAUGAACCCAUGGAAUUCGGGAAGUUCAGGGAUAGCGCGGAGUUUCAGGAAGCCGUUGCUCAGCGGUAUGCCAGCUAUGGGUUGGACAAGGAAGGUCCUGGGAGGCAAAUCUGGCAUACGCCUACCGAGCUAUUCCAGCCGUUCUAUGGCCAAGCUGUCGCUCGAUGCCUUGUCUCGGAGUAUUUGCUCAAGUACUUUCCUUAUGAGGACUUGGUGAUAUACGAAAUUGGUGCAGGCAAUGGCACCCUUGCCUUGGACAUCCUGGAUUACCUUCAAGAGGAGUAUCCUGAUGUGUAUGAUCGCACGCGCUACACUAUCAUUGAGAUUAGCAGCAAUUUGGCGCAGAUGCAAAGGGAGAAACUUUGCGGGAAACAUCCGUGCGUGAACGUUCAGCACAAGAGCGUGUUCCAUUGGGAAACAUUGGAAGCCGCACCAUGCUUCUUCCUUGCUAUGGAAGUUAUUGAUAACUUUGCACAUGACAUGAUUCGCUACGACCUCCGUACAUUGGAGCCAUACCAAGGAUUGGUUACGAUAGACGCGAAUGGGGAUUUCAGCACAUAUUAUACGCGUGUAACGGAUCCACUUAUUUCAUCCUUCCUGCAACUACGACGCCAUCUCUCACAUCCACCUCCCCUUUCUCGACUCCUCAAGUCGUCACGAGCCUUCCGCACCUUUUACACUAACCUUCCCUUCGCACCGAACCUCUCCGCACCCGAGUAUAUUCCAACGAGGCUACUCAGUCUUCUUCAAACUCUGCGCAAGUACUUCCCCCGGCAUAGAUUGUUGCUCACAGACUUCUCUUCAUUGCCUGACACAACACCUGGAGUUAAUGCCCCAGUUGUCCAGACUCGGGUGCAAAACACGACCGUACCAACCAGUACGCUGUUCGUCAAGCAAGGCUACUUCGAUAUCUUCUUCCCUACCGAUUUUGAGCGACUCCGAGAUAUAUAUGAAGAUAUCAUCUCUCAACCACCACCACCGCCAGAAGGGACUCUUCCUACGCGUGUGUCACCACUGGCAAUGAACACAUCUUCCUUGGCCCUAGGAUCGGAUUUCUUUUCAUCAUAUCACCCGAAGAACCGGAGAGCGCCAUUGGAUGGGGUGACGAGUUCGAGUGGGUUGCCAGUAGGGGAGAGGAAGUCAAGUGUAUUCACACAUGCGGAGUUCCUGGAGACGUACGCAGACUUGCAGCAGACUAGACUUAGGAAUGGCGAAAAUCCACUCGUGGAUUUCUACCAGAAUGUCAAAUUCUUAUUCUGAGCCUGCUUCACCAAUUUAUCGGAGUAGUUCUGCUCCACUGUCCGAUUCUCGGAGGUGUGUUGCUGAGUUUCAGAAUGACACGCGGAGUGGAAGUUACAAGUACAUAUUAAUUUACAAUCUCAAAGCAACCGGAUACAACUUCAAUAUAGGUGAUGCAGAACACUCACAGCC